AUGUCCCUGAAUACUAUCUCCCGAGGAUUAUGUAUUCAUGCUGAAUUAAGAAUUUGCAGGCAGGACAGUGUCCUGCUUGGGUUCUCAACGCGUAGACCUAGUCUUCUCACUACAAUUAUACCAAAUCGGUCAUUAUUAGUUAGCAGACAUGUUUCUUCUACAUCCAAAUGUGAUAAUGCAGAAAGCAUCCGACCAAAGAAAUCAAAGCCUCAGGACAGCUCCUCAAUGGAACCGGCUUCUCCAACAACAUCUAAUGUUUCACCUCCGUCCUCAUUGCUCUCUUCCACUUCUCACUCUUAUUCCCGUACAAACCUUCAAACUUUUCUUUCCCGCACUCACCAAGACACAUCCAAUUAUGUAUAUCGUGGCACGCUAUACGAAUACGAAACUAUGCAUUGCCUUGAAAAUCAUUUCAACAUUAUCAGCCGUCAUUGUGGGGGAGGUGAUGACCGUGGAGUAGAUUUUCGUGGAUACUGGUUACUCCCCGACAAAAAAAUAUAUCUAGUUGGACAAUGUAAAAGCGGGUCGAGUCGAUGUAAACCAAAUGUCGUUCGAGAAUUCGAAGGCGUGUUGAGUCGAGAGUCGGCAGGUACUCUUGGAAUCCUUUCGGUUCGGAAUGGAUUUACAAAGGGUGCUAUCCGACAUUAUACAGCGUCACCAUGGCCAAUGGCAAUGAUUAGCGUGACCGAUGAAGGGAAUAGAUGUGAAGUAUUUAUGUGGAAUAUAACGGCUGAGAAAUUGUUGGAGGAAAUGAGUUCGAGUGUAAAGAUGGGAGUCGAAGGAAAGAGAGUUGUGUUGAGUUACAAGAAUAAAAUAUUGGGCUCUUCGAAUAGUUAA